ACCGUGUGUAACGCUUGGCGCUGGUUUUACUAAAGACGUUGCCCUUGAAAAGUUCAUUCUAGAGAAGUGAUAGGGAAAUAAUAAUGUCUGUAAUAUGUCAGCUUCCUUUUGUACAUUUAGAAGAUUCAUCGUUUACUGAUUUAAGAGAGCUGCUACUUUGCAGCUAAAAGGACCUAGGAUAAGAAUUCCUGCUGUGCUUUUUGCUAGCCUUUUGAUCUGGUGCAAACACUUCACCUCAAUGAGACUCGGGAUCUUCCUCUCGAAAAUGAAACUGACAGUAGUACUUAACUCUUAGAAUUGUUAGGAAGACUAAGGAUAUAAAACGUACCUGUCAUGUAGUUGGCCUUUGGAAAACGGAUUAAGUGGGGUGAAACCUGGGCGGUCUAAAAUUGAUUUUGAAGCACCAGAUCAGUGCUAAUUCUGUAAUUUUGGUAAUAAUUUUGUUAUAAGGGAACAUUCUUGUUUGGGGGGUAUGCGGUAGAGUGUUGGGGGAAACCAAUAAGGCAAAUGAGGGAAAAUGUUACUAACAUUUGGAGAAUCUGGGUGAAGAAUAUGGAAAGUUCUUUGUACUUUUCACACAACGUUCUUCUUUAGGUUCUGGAUCCUUCCUCUACUACUUGGUGACGUUAUACAAGUGGUUCAACCUUUCUGAGCCACAAUUGUCUCCUCUCCAAAACAGAAGCAGCUUUUCUCACAACCACAAGAAAAGUACUCACAACCACAAGAAAAGAUUUUUGAUCUUCCGCAAUGGGUGAGCCACAACAAGUGAGUGCCCUUCCGCCACCUCCAAUGCAGUACAUCAAGGAAUAUACAGAUGAAAAUAUUCAGGAAGGCCUAGCUCCCAAGCCUCCACCUCCAAUAAAAGACAGUUAUAUGAUGUUUGGCAAUCAGUUUCAAUGUGACGAUCUUAUCAUUCGCCCUUUAGAAAGUCAGGGCAUCGAACGGCUUCAUCCUAUGCAGUUUGAUCACAAGAAAGAACUGAGAAAACUCAAUAUGUCUAUUCUUAUUAAUUUCUUAGACCUCUUAGAUAUCUUGAUAAGAAGCCCUGGGAGUAUAAAACGAGAAGAGAAGCUAGAAGAUCUUAAGCUGCUUUUUGUGCAUGUGCAUCAUCUCAUAAAUGAAUACCGACCCCACCAAGCAAGAGAGACAUUGAGAGUCAUGAUGGAGGUGCAGAAACGUCAACGCCUUGAAACAGCUGAACGGUUUCAAAAGCACUUGGAGCGAGUCAUUGAGAUGAUUCAGAAUUGCUUGGCUUCUUUGCCUGAUGAUUUGCCCCAUUCAGAAGCAGGGAUGAGAGUAAAAACUGAACCAAUGGAUGCUGAUGAUAGCAACAAUUGUACUGGACAGAAUGAACAGCAAAGAGAAAAUUCAGGUCAUAAGAGAGACCAGAUUAUAGAGAAAGAUGCUGCCUUGUGUGUCCUCAUUGAUGAAAUGAAUGAAAGACCAUGAAGGACGUUUCUUCUUUUUUUUCUUUUCCCUUUUCAGUAAAUGGCGUAUAUUGGUUAAUUUGCUCUUGGAGAGUCUUAAAAGAGGUAUAUCUAGAAGUCAUGUAAAUGGCUUGACUCCAGCCUUAUCAAUCAUGAGAUGUCACAGGCCAUUUCACUUUGUGACAAAUAUAGGCAAAUGAGUAUGCAUACAUUAAGGGUAAUCGCCUUAAAAAGCAGAGUGCUGCAGUUGUGUGAAACAUUCCUGGUUUUGGAGUUGCAUAGAAUGUUGGAGAUAUCCUCAGUAAUAGCUGGCCUUCCUUCAUCUUUGAAAAGUAGAUUUGUCAUUUGCUUUAAGAAUGAUUGAUAAAUAAAGGAUAACAAGCUGAAUAAAUGUGAAAUUCUAAAAUCUUUAGAUUUAUUUUACUUAAUCUCUAAAAACUUAGUAUAACAUGCUAAAAGAGAGGAACCCCAUAGAGUUAUAAAACAGCAGUUUUGUGUUUCCUCUCUACUGCUUCUGUAAACACACUAUCUGAGCUACUUGACCCUACCCUGGAUAGGUCUCAUAAUUUUUUUCUACUCAGAUAAUAAAUCCUUUGAUCGCUUUUAGUUACAAACA